AUGGGUAUAAAACAAUUGUUCGAAAAUCCUUUACCGGUCGACAAAAUUACUGAAAAGGCAACAGCAAUUAAUUUAAGAUCAGUUGCACGACCUUAUAUGAGAGCAUUUCAUUUUUCAUGGUUGGGAUUUCUUACCGCGUUUACCGGAUGGUUUGCCAUACCACCUUUAUUGGUGACAAUCACAGAAGAUUUGAAAUUAUCAAAAGAUCAAGAAGCCAGUUCUAACAUAGCAGCUGUCUCAUCUACAAUACUAUUUCGUAUAUUUACCGGACCAUUGACCGACAGGAUCGGACCUAAGCGAGUUAUGGGAUUAUUACUGAUAGCGGGUGCCAUACCAAUUGGAUUAUCUGGAUUGGUUACUGGGUUUGAGGGAUUGGUUGUUGUAAGAAUUUUCAUUGGUAUUCUUGGUGCAACAUUUGUGCCAUGCCAAACCUGGACCACACAUAUGUUCAACCGUAACAUUGUUGGUAGCGCCAAUGCGUUAGUAGGUGGAUGGGGUAACAUGGGAGGUGGAUUGACAUAUAUUUUGAUGCCACUGGUAUUUGGUGGAUUGCUUGAUCAAGGAUUGUCAAAACACGACGCAUGGCGUGUAGCUAUGGUCAUACCAGCAUGUUUAUGUUUUAUUGUUGGAAUUAGUUGCUUAUUAUUUGUUGAUGACUGUCCACAAGGCGAAUGGAGAGAUCAUAAACCACCUGCUGAAGAAACUGAUGUCGUCACUGAAAAAGAAGUACAAACAGUUAUUGUUACCGAUGAUUCCAAACCAGAACCUACCAAAGCUGUAAUCGAAGAAGAAAAACAAAUUGAUAACCAAGUUAACAAGAAAGUGGAACUUGCGGUGGACAAUGUUAUUGGUAUAUUCUUUGCCAGUGAAUUUGGUCUUGAUCAACAUUCUUCAUCAUAUAUUGGAUCAGCAUUUGGUCUGAUGAACCUUUUUUCACGUGCAUCUGGAGGAUUUAUUUCUGAUUAUGCAAAUUCCAAGAUUGGUAUGCGCGGCAGAUUGUUAGUCCAAUUUUUGGUUUUAUUUUUGGAAGGAGUGUUCUUGAUUAUUUUCAGAUAUUCACUUGGCUCAUUGACAUCAGCCAUUGUAGUUCUCAUUAUUUUCAGUUUUUUCACGCAGGCAUGUUGCGGUACUUCAUUUGGUAUUGUACCAUUUGUAGAUCCUGUUAUAAUGGGAGCAGUUUCUGGAUUGGUGGGAGCUGGUGGAAAUGUCGGAGGAUUUUUCUUUAAUUAUGUGUUCAAAUGGUAUGCUUACGAUAAACCAACCGGAUUUUUAGUAUUAGGAAUAGCUGUUUUGGCCGUUUCAUUUACCACAUUUGCUUUGAGAAUUGAACAAACCAUGUUAUUAUCAAGAAAAUAA